GAAGCGCGUGACUCAUACCGUCAAUUACUGAUAAUUCCAACGCGCUGCUGGCCUGCUGCGUGUUAAGGCGCGCACCGCCUCGAACGCUUCUAGAAGAGAACAAAGCAGGAGAAAGGUUCGUCCCCGCGCGCGCGAUUACGCCAGAGCCGCCGCACAAAGCGUAGUCGUAUUCGCCUCGACUUGCCAGUCAGCAGCGCGACUUUUAACGCCGAGUAACACACCCGCCUUCUUCGCACAAAUUUCAAACGCGACAAACAAAUCGGUUCUCGCACCGCGGCCGUCAAGGCGUGUGUGUUUGUUUUUUGCGUGCGUACAGGAUUUAAAUGGAAAUAGGUGACUGCACCUAUUACUACCUGCUCUUUCUGAUCGUGGUGCCUGUGAAGCUCUUCUUCGACUUGUGGUCUUGGUUCGGCUGGUCACUUUACAUCAAUAAUUAAUCAACAUGAGUGGAAUCAAGCGCCCUCUUAGCCUGGACUUCAACCAGACGAAGAAAAAUCUUGAUAUUGGGCCGGUGCUCUCCUCUCCGGACCUGCAGAUCCUCAAAGUGGGCACACCCGAGCUGAAUGAUUUCAUCCUGGGUCAAAACCCGCUGUCUACACCCACGCCCUCGCAGGGGAAUCCAAAUGCCAUCCUGUUUCCGCGCUCGGUCACCGAGGAGCAGGAGAACUUCUCCGCUGGCUUCGUCAACGCGUUGAACAAUCUGCACAACAGCAGUUCACAAGAUUGUUUUGUAGCGUCGACGUCAGACUCAAAUAGUACUGUGUAUACAGACAUGGAGCAGCCAGCGGGCGGCGGUUUUGUCCCGACCAUCAUCAAGGAGGAGCCGCAGACUGUGCCCAACACGCAGUCCAGUCCGCCGAUGUCUCCCGUCGAUAUGGAGCAUCAGGAACGCAUUAAGUUGGAGCGCAAGCGAAUGCGCAAUCGUCUCGCGGCGAGCAAGUGCCGCAGCCGCAAACUCGAACGCAUAUCGAAGCUGGAGGAUAAGGUGAAGCUGCUGAAGGCGGAGAAUACGGAUCUUGCCGGUAUGAUCACGCAGAUGCGCGACCAGGUGAACUCGUUGAAGGUGGAGGUGCUCGAGCACGUCAACCAGGGCUGUGAGAUCAUUUUGUAAGCUGUGUUUGUCUGCCCGCAGCCGCAAUUUUUACCAUUACAUUUUAGAUUAACACAGAAGCAAUAUUUUAUAAGAGUAAAUGCUAUGAAUGCAACGACGCUUCAA